GCGAUCCCCUCAGAGCCCCCGGCCGCGCGCCGCCGCUUGCUUGCUGGUCCCCGCGCAGGCCCGUCGGGCGACGGUGAGGAGGCGCCGAGGCGGAGGAGCGGGCGGCGGCGGCGAGGCGACCGCGCGGAGGCGAGCGGGCCAGGCCCAGCCGGGCGGCCGCCGCCAUGAGCGGCUCCUCGGGCACCCCGUACCUGGGCAGCAAGAUCAGCCUCAUCUCCAAGGCGCAGAUCCGCUACGAGGGCAUCCUCUACACCAUCGACACGGACAACUCCACCGUGGCGCUCGCCAAAGUGAGGUCUUUCGGUACCGAAGACCGUCCCACAGAUAGGCCGGCCCCCCCGCGAGAGGAGAUCUAUGAGUACAUCAUUUUCCGGGGAAGUGAUAUCAAAGAUAUCACCGUGUGUGAGCCUCCGAAAGCCCAGCACACGCUCCCGCAGGACCCUGCUAUCGUCCAAUCUUCCCUGGGCUCGGGCUCGGCCUCCUCCUUCCAGCCACACGUGCCUUACAGCCCCUUCAGAGGGAUGCCGCCCUACAGCCAGCUGGCUGCCAGCUCUCUGCUUAGCCAGCAGUACGCCGCUUCCUUGGGUCUAGAGAAGCUGGUGAGCCCUCCAGCCUCGGCCGCAGCUUCCAGCCCUAGCUCUUCUCCGUCUCCACAGCCCGCCUCAGAGCUUGACGUGUCCUCAGAGCCACAUCAGCUCACCUCCAAGGGAGCUGGUUUUCCAUCCGUCCCAGUCGGCAAGAGCCCCAUGGUGGAGCAGGCCGUCCAGACUGGUUCUGUCGAUAACCUGAAUGCCAAAAAGCUGUUACCUGGCAAGGCCACCGUGGGGAUGCAGCUGAACGGGCGCCCGGCCCAGCCGGGCGGCAAGACCACCAGCGAUGUAGUUCAGCCGACAGCUGUGCAGAGUCAAGGGCAGGUGAACGACGAGAACAGAAGACCUCAGAGGAGGAGAUCAGGGAACAGACGAACGAGGAAUCGCUCCAGAGGGCAAAACCGCCCGACUAACGUCAAAGAGAACACGAUCAAAUUUGAAGGCGACUUUGAUUUUGAGAGUGCAAACGCCCAGUUCAACAGAGAGGAGCUGGACAAAGAGUUUAAGAAGAAACUGAAUUUUAAAGAUGACAAAGCUGAGAAGGGGGACGAGAAGGACCCAGCGGUGGUGACCCAGAGUGACGAGGCUCCUGCUGAGGAAGACCACCUGGGGCCCAACUGCUACUAUGACAAGUCCAAGUCCUUCUUCGACAACAUCUCUUCUGAGCUCAAGACCAGUUCUAGGCGGACUACGUGGGCCGAAGAGCGGAAGCUCAACACGGAGACUUUCGGGGUAUCGGGAAGGUUUCUUCGUGGCCGUAGCUUCAGGGGUGGAUUUCGAGGGGGCAGGGGCAACGGUACAACCCGCCGCAACCCAACUUCCCACCGAGCUGGGACCGGCAGGGUGUGAGGAUGGGGCCGCAGGUGCCUGCAGAAGCAGCACAGAAACGAAGCUGUGUCUGAGGUUAUCGGAAAACGCUGCACUUACUUGGGAGACGUGGGUCACUUUGUUUACCGAGUUUGGAAAAUUUCCCGUACUACUACUUAUGUUUUGGACUUAAUUGAACUUGGACGUGGUCUGAGUUAGAACCACUUGUUUGGGGGAAGUAUUCGUGGGUAACCUCUUUGAGGUAUCUUGGCCUGUCUUUCCUCUUUAGUUGCACACAGCCUAAUUCUAAGGUUUUGGUAUUUUGGAAAAAGGUUUCUAGAGCAAAA